AUGGGAAAGGUGGAAAAAAUCAAAAAAUUUAAGCCCCCGAAACCAACUCCAAUUAUUGAAGAAAAUAGGAAUUCAGAGGAAGAUUCUAAUGGAAGGGUCUUGCCCGUAAUUGAGCAGUUGUCAUCUCCUGAAGCCACAGAACGUGCCUGGGCAGCUAGUAGCGCUUCAAAUCUCGUUAUGGGAGAUUCAAAGACCCGCUAUUUAUUGUUAUCAAAUAAUCUCAUUUCGAUUCUUAUAGAGCGUUUAACUGAUAGUGUGUAUGAAGUAGUCAACGAAGCACUUGGUACGUUGAGAAAUCUCACGAUAGUCGAUAAUGUUGAAGUUUGCGUUGAGAUGUACGAUAAGGAUAUUCUUACUCCGUUGAUGAUGCUUGCAUCCAAGGGAGGAAUGAUAGUUGACAACAUAUUACGAGAAAUGCCACCCGAAUCUGAUCCUAUUAAAGACGCUAGAAAAACCAUAUGGAAUUUCAUUGAAAAUAUUAUUUGUAUAAUCUGGUCUUUAAGUGAAACUUCACAAAAAAUUCUUAGAGGCAUAAAUAAUGCAAAUUUUAUUCCAUUUUUGAUGUCUUGUCUUAUAAAUUCUGAAAAAAUUCCUAUUAGUACAGUCCUUGUUGCUGCACAGUGCCUUCAUACAAUGACUGACGAUAAUCCAGAUAUUUAUUUACACUUUGAACAAAAUCAUCAAUAUAUACAAGUACUUUUGAACGGUAUUAAGGUUAUUAAAAUUGAAGAAAACUCACCUUUACCAGUCGAUGAUUUAUUACUUAUUAGGGUGUUAUAUUGUGGAAUUCUUUCAAAUUUUAGCUCAAUUUAUAUUCCUUCUGAACCUGAAUCUGACCCAAUUGUAGAGUUGAAUUUACAACUAAUUCCUGUAUUAGCGUCUUGUUUGACACUUGACAUUAACAAAGUGGCCGAGGAUGCAAUUGCUCUGUUUAUUAAAAAUGAAGAAAAUAAUAUUGGUAUAGAUCAUCCAAUAGAUACAUCAAUUGUCGAGGAAAAAUUAAAUGAUGAAGAUGAUUGGCAAGAUGAUCUUUGUGAAGGAAUUAACGACAUAGAAUGUUCUACAAAUUUUUUAUCAAUGGAAGAUAACGAUAUUCCGAUGAUGGACGUCAAUAAUAGACAUGAAAUAUCUACUCAAAACAUGUCUAUAUUAAAUUUGUUGACCACUGAUAUUUUGCCUCAUCUUUUUCGUCUGGCAAAUCCAAUACAUCUUUCAUUCCCAGAGCAAUUUUAUCCAUCACAAUCUAUAAUCGCAUCCACCAUUAUCUCGUCACUUGUAACGGUUCAUAUGAGAUCAGUAGAAUGUUUGAAUAACUAUCUUUUGACAAUGGCUGAAACAAUCGAGGGAAAAUCGUUGUUUACUGAACAUGUAUCCGAUGCAAAACAAAUGUGGAUAUGGUUAUUUGAAUUAUUCAACAAGUUUGCUGGUAAUGGGGUGAAAGUUGAAGCCAAAGAUUUUGGACAGGAAAAGGAAAUGUGGAGUAAGAUUUCGGAAACAUUAGUAGGGUGUCUUUGGACAUUGUCCAGAGGAUUAGAUUGUGAUGUGCCACUUGAAACGAAACAAAUCCAAAUAUUGAUAGAUUACUUUAAUUCAAGUGUCUCAGAAAGUAUGAAUGUCAAGAUCAUCGGCACUCUCGGCGUCAUUGCGAGAAGACAGAACGCAGUAGAUGAUAAUAAGGUCGAGUCACUUUAA